AAUUCCAGAGGAUUGUAUGUGUGUGUGCCUCUCUCGCUGUGUAUGUGUAUGUGUGUAUCUCCUCGUGUAUGCGUGUGUAUAUGGAACAAGGGAGGGAGACUAGUUGUUAUUCUGAUCACAGCUUCCCUGAUUCACAGACUUGGAGCUGAUCAUGAAUAUAAGUGAAGACUUUGACGUCAGAGUUGAGAUAUAUCAGCAGACCCAAUGGGGCAAGAAUAUUAAGUGCAAGUCAAUGCCAGCAAUCUGCCAACGUUAUUAGCAAUGUUAACCAAGGAAUGAAGCUUAAUCCCAAGGACUGGAAGGACUAGCACGAAAAAAAGGGGAAAGCUGAUCAGCAAGGAUCAAACAAAGGUAAAACAACAGAAAUACAUGUCUGCCUAUGUUGUUGCAUGUGUUUGACUUCUCUUCUGCGGGCUAAGGAAGGGGAAGGGUGUUUGCGUUGUAUUGAGUUUGGAAAGCAAGCCGGUUAGAAGGUGGCCCUUUCAAUAUUUUAAUCCUAGCGCUCUGGUAAAUUGCAUUAUGGACAGCACUCUCAGCAGCAGCAGCAAAAACCUUGACGAAGAGAUUCCGGACUAAACCAUUUGUGUGACCUUUACAACUUUUGUUUUCAUAAGAGUGAAAUGUGAGACGAUAUAUACAAGGCGUUGGAGGAGAUGUGAUCGAGGGGGGUGAAAGGGUUCCUAUUCAGUGCAAGGGGUUUACUAUGAAAGAAAACCAUGUUUAAUGCAGCUGAGAUCCUGCAGUUGUUUGCCGCCAGCAGUCCCUGAGUGCACCGGUAUUAAAAACAAGCAAAGUUAAUGCAGAAUAUUUCUAGUCUGUAGCCUUCACUGGGAUCCGAUUUAACCAGGAGGUUUGCUUAAGUAUGAGGCUUGCCUGGCCAGAAAUAAUAUAUUUUUAUUUAUUACUAGCAAAAUUAUUGUGUCAGAAAGACACAUUUACAACAAGGGACUAGAUGAUGUAACCAUUACUCUGUUUAACCCCCAAAUUGCUUGUGCCCAAGUGUUAGUGUUGGAAUCGGUCUGAUCAUGCUAUGAAUCUGCGGCUCUGUACGUGUGCCUGAUGCAACCGUCUGCCUUUUAAUGGGAACGCAUGCAACGAGCAUUGUGACGGGUGAAUUAUUGACACUCAGCCUUGCUCACCUUCAGCUGUUCAGACGGAACCCGAGAUCAGACGAAUCCCCCAUCUGUUCAUUCGGGGGAAAGGAAGGGGAAAUAGCCAAGAUGGGGAGGAAAAUAAUUUUAUUCAAAGAUCGAGCCUGGUUUUAAAAAAAUAAAUAAAUAAAAGAAACGGGUUUGGGGGUGUUUCCUGCGGCUGCGUUCGCGCUCGGCUCCCAGAGGAGGGUGGGGGGUGUGCCACCGGGGAAUGGCCCAGGCAGGGUAUCGGUCUUUUAAUCCUGUCUGUGUCCGAUCAGUCCCCAUUGCAACCGGCACUGGGGAUACUGGGGGCCAGGCUGGGACAGCGGGUCUUGUCGUGUCUCUUGCGGGCGGCCCCGGGCUCAGGGGUGGAUAGUCCAGGCUCUUUCGAUGCUGCUUUCACCCUUGUCUCCUCUCUCUGUGUGUCCCUUGUGCCUCCUCUCUAGCGAUGCUCCACAACCCCGCAGCAGCUGCGGCCGCCAUGGAGGAGCAGCUGCGGCAGCAGCAGCUCCUGGUCCUGCUCAAUGCCUCCUCCAGGCCCUUCCCCAGCAGCAGCAGCAUCUGGCCGUCCAACUCCUCUGCCUCGGAGCCGGUCACGGCGGCGGCGGCGGCGGCGGCGGGAGGAGGAGGAGGAGGCGGCGGAGGCGGAGCGGUCAGCCCCUGGGACAUCGCCCUGUGCGCCACGGGCACGGCGGUGGCCUGCGAGAACGCGCUGGUGCUGGCCGUGCUCUUCUACACGCCCAGCCUGCGGGCCCCCAUGUUCCUGCUCAUCGGCAGCCUGGCGCUGGCCGACCUGCUGGCCGGCCUGGGGCUGGUGGUCAAUUUCACCGUGCAGUACCUGCUGCAGCCGCCCAACGCGGCCGUGGCGCUGAGCGCGGCCGGGCUGCUGCUGACCGCCUUCUCCGCCUCGGUCUGCAGCCUGCUGGCCAUCACCAUCGACCGCUACCUGUCGCUGUACAACGCGCUCACCUACCACACGGAGCGCACGCUGACCUUCACCUGCGCCAUGCUGCUGCUCAUGUGGCUGCUCUGCCUGGGCGUGGGGCUGCUGCCCCUGCUGGGCUGGAACUGCCUGCGGGACCAGGCCACCUGCAGCGUGCUGCGGCCGGUGACCAAGGACAACGCGGCGGUGCUGGCGGUCACCUUCCUGCUCCUCUUCGCCCUGAUGCUGCAGCUCUACCUGCAGAUCUGCAAGAUCGCCUUCCGGCACGCGCAGCAGAUCGCCGUGCAGCACCAGUUCAUCGCCACGGCGCAGGUCACCUCCACCCGCAAGGGGCUCUCCACCCUCUCCUUCAUCCUGGGCACCUUCGCCCUCUGCUGGAUCCCCUUCGCCAUCUACUCGCUGGUGGCGGAUUCCAGCUACCCCGCCGUCUACACCUACUCCCUGGCCCUGCCCGCCACUUGCAACUCGCUCAUCAACCCGGUCAUUUAUGCCUUCAGAAACCCGGACAUCCAGAAGUCCCUGUGGCUGGCCUGCUGCGGGUGCAUCCCUUCCACCUUCUCCUCCAGGCCCAGGACAUCCAGCGAUGUAUAAGGGAGGUUGGCCGCCCGGAUUGUCAAAUGGUUUCAGGCUCUCCUCCUCCGCGGCGUUAUGAUGUGUUACCACCAGCAGGAGGAAUCCCAGAGCGACGCGCGUCUCCUUCCCUGGAAAAAGAUGUCAACGAGAAAACAAAAAUAAGAGUGGUCUCCUUUAAAAAAUGCUUAUUUUCCUACAUAUUUUAUUUAUUUUUGAUUUAAAAACAACAACAAAAGACCAAAAAAAAAAAAAAAAAAAAGAUCAGCGCCUGAUGCUUUUUUCUCAUCUCGGUGUAAUGGAAAGGGGGAGCAGCACGUUUGCCAAACCUGUGGCCCGAAAAUGUUCAAGGGCCCAGGGCAACUCUUUACUUAUUUCAAGCCUCCCAGCGAGGGGCAGGCCGUUGGGAAGGUCCCCGGUGAGGAAAGGGGAGAGACCGCGGGCCAACUCUCCCUUGGCCCCACACCAGGAGUAACCCCACUGAAGUCACUGGGGGUCGCCCCAAGUCAAAAUCCUGUCAAGUGCGGGGGGGAAGUCAGGCCUGGGACGUGGGAAGAGAAUAAGAUAGUGCCCUGCUGUUUAGAGCCCAGCGCAGAUCUGAUGCUGAGGGCUCAGGGCAAGAUCUAGAAAAACGUGUACAAUAUUUGCUUGCCGUUAGUUUGGGUUUGUUUGGAAUGGUUAAAAAAUGACCAUAUCCAAGGGGCUUCACUGCCUGAAAGGUGGGGUAGAGGGUUUUGGUGGUGGUGGUGGUGAUUUUUUUUAACUAUAAUCAGGUUUUGCUCUGCUAUGCAAUAAUAAAAGGGACAUUGUGAGAUGCGGUAACCUGCCAAUAUUUUUCAUGCCAGACCGGUUCAGCACCACGAGGUCUGGACAGCUCCGUGAGAAGCGGUAGGAGGACAAGUGGCCUGUCUUACGAUUUUAUGUUUAUUUUUGUAAAAAAGCACAUGGAAAUCAAAGAUUUACAUUGGCCUCUUUAAGCGGGGGGAAAGGAAGUACGAUCCUGAGUCAGGAACAAAUGAGGUCCAUUCCCCUUCACCUGCUGUCCUAAACAAUUGUAUAGUGUUGCUAUGUGCUGUUCAGCUGCUGCAUUGCACCUCAGAGGAGGCUGCAUUUCAGUGGUGGGUGAAGUGAUGCCUGUAUAUUUAUAUCUCCUUUGUUUGUGAAGCACUUUGAGAACCUGCAGGAUGAAAGGCACUUUAAGGUAUGAUUAUUAUUUUUUAUUACAAUGUGAGAGUAAAGAGAACUCCUUGCUGAAAAAUAUGCUCACGGUGCAUCAUCAAAUCUAAAGAUGGGAGGAAAGGACCUUUUAGGUUAUCUAGUUAAUCCCCCUGCCAGGGAGAUGAAAGCGGUGGAAGAAAGUCAGAGAUGAGGCUUUCUUGACAUCGGAACCUAGGUUAAUCUUUCACUUAUUUCAGUGCAGGUAUAACACACUGUCUUUAGCGGUAUUGUUAAUACAGUAUGCUGAUCUCGCAUACUGGGUGUGGGGAGGGGGGAUAUGAUCCAAAGACUGAUAGUCUGAACGAGGUUGGUUCUUCUAAAGGGAAGCCUACAUCAUCACACGUCUUGUUCCCGAAACUACUAGAUUAACUUGCUUCCAUAGAGAAGCUACGCUAGCCUCACGCUCCUCUACUCUAUCAUGUGCUUUGUGGUGUUAGUGAGAAAAUGAUGAAGUGUCCUUCGUCUUGUGCUGUAUUUUGGCCAAGAAGUGGAAUAGUGCAUUCCUUUAAAAACAGAAUAAACCUUCAGAGACAGACGGGGACUCUGUUCUAUAGGUGAAAUGUCCAGGGUUGCCUCUUGGGUGGGGGGUUUGUCUUACCACCUAUUCUCUCAGUGCCCUGCAAGGAAAUUGCUUUGCAGUGUGACCUGUGAUGUCGAUGCUGCAAAUGUGUUGCUCUCCCUUAGAAAGGAAUCUGUGCUACAAACGUCAGAAAGAUUCCUCUUUCAAACAAUAGCCUAUCCCUGCAGCGUCAGUUGCAAACCUGGCUUAGGUUUCUAUUAUAU